ACUAUUUUGAUAGAAAUGCACUUAAGUUUCCUGAUGAGAUUGUAGCUCUCUUUGUUUUUAUUUGAAGGGGUUUUGGUGAGUUACAGAGAAAACAUUACAUAUAAUGACAAAAAGAAUCAAUCACCUUUUCAAAUUAUAGACUAAACCAAUCUGUAGUACCUUAUGAAAGACUGAUUUUGACUAUCCUUGUUGCUUUUUUAUGACACUAAUGAUUCAGUUACAAGUUACUUUGCAGAUUCUGAUUAACAACACAAAAACACAACUAAUAAACAAUCACUUCCUUACAUCAAUGUAUAAAUAAGUAUAAAUAGUAAAUAAACGUCUUCAUUUCGCAGUUACUUUAAAACAUCACUGCAUGUGCUUCAUAAUCCAAUUGUUAAAAUGAUUCUGCAUCAUAGGUUUGUUAUGUCCUUACCACGACUAGAUUAAUCAAGAACAUAAUCCUUUAGAUUAAUCAAUAAUAAAGUAAUUAUCACUUCCAGACUUUAAAUGGUUAAUUACAUGUUAAUAUAUCAGCGUAAUGCUUUUGAUUGGAAACAGUGUGAUACCAAUGAGGAAGGAGACCAACUGAACGUUUUACAUUUACAUUUUAUAUUUUCUAUCAUAGAUUUGAUAUGAAGUUUAUACAGUAUUUAAAAAACAUGAGUACACAAUACAGGCAGGAGAGACAGGGCAUGUUUAUUUAAGUAACUUUGCAUAAACAAACGUAUAUUAUAAUACAUGUGGCAUAUUUAAUGUAAGGGGAAAGGCAUUGUAGUCGAGGGGCAUGUUCUCAAUAUAAAAGACACUUAAGAAAAGUUGUUUUUGGUGAAGUACAGGCUUUUUUUUUUCAAGUGACACUAAAACAACAUGAAACUUGGCUUUAUUCUGAGUUCUCUGAAGUCUGUGUUUGUGUGUUAAUGUGUGUCAUGUAAGGAGAUGCUCCCGGAAGCAGUUUAGAUUGUAAGCAGAAUGACGAACACAAAAAAGAAAUCUGUAUUUCUUUAUAAAAAAGAGAAAUGUUCCUAAACCAUAAUCACACUGCGUGACUGGAGGAAAUCUUUCUGCAAACUUUAUGUCUUUCCUCCGGGACGCAGAGUAAGCGGAAGCUGCAGUAAAGACAAUAAAAGAAACGAAAAAGAAAAGGAAAAACUGCACGAAAAGACAGCGAGUGAGAGAAAACAGUGACUGCUGCUGCUGUUUGUUCCCUCUCUUCCUCUGGCCUCUGUUCCUUUAAUAUACUCAUGGUUAUCUAGUGUAACAAAUGUCUCGCUGCCAUCAUCAAGUCCAGGCGAGGAGGGAGGAGUUUUUAAUGUUCAGUUUGUUCUAUGGAUCGAUGUCUGCUGGCAUCGCCUCUCUCCUCUCGCUCGUCUGCACCGUGCGUAACAACGCAGCGCUGUUCCACCACCGCCGCCGCCGCCGCCAACACCGCCACAACCGCCGCCGCCGCCGCCAACACCACCAACGCCGCCGAACGCCUUUUUACGCGCAAUCCCUCCAUAUUUGAUCCGCCGAAAAACAGCCCGAGGGAAUGACUGACACACGUCGAUCAACAUAUGUGGCACUGAUGGACAAAAGCGGAUGGUGAAAGGACGCGACUCGCCCCCCGCUGGAGGAGGAAGAAGAAGAGGAAGAAGAGGAGGAGGAGGAGGAAGAGGAGGAAGAAGAAGAAGGAGGUGAAAGAACAAGCAUCUGUUCCCACAGAAAGCUGGAUUUUUGUGAUAGUCAGAGAGACUGAACUAUUCCGAGAGCCAAAAUAAAGACUCUCUUUUCUUUCUCUCUCUCUCUCACACACACAUACACAAACUCUCUCUCUCUCUCCCCCUCUCCCUCUCUCCCUCUCUCUCUCUAUGCAUGGACUAUCGUAGACCGCAUUCACAUUUCACCUGGGCACAGUAUUGAACUGCGACUUCAGAAAAAAAAAUGCCUCGGAGGAAACAGCAGGCGCCCAAACGGGCUGCGGUGUACAUGCCUGAUGACGACGCAGCUCUCCAGGAUCCCAUCCCUGAGGAAGAUGGAGAGAACGACAGUCAAAUUGAGGAGGAGUGUUCAGAGAAGGCCAGCCCCAAAGUGUCUGAGGACAGAGAGCUAGACAACAAGAGCACUAACACUUACAGCAACCAGAACUCUCCUAUUAGUGUCCUUUCCAAUCAAGAAGCAGAGCUAGAGUCCCGCCUCAGCGACAGCAGUGACAGACUCUCUGACUUUAAAACCUCCUCGCCACCUGAGAGCCAGAAGGAUGACGAAAGUCGCAGCUCCAAACUUAAAGACGAUAUGGGCAGCAGCUUGGAGAAGAUGAGGGCAGCCUAUGCAAACUUUCUGUCCGACUCCUACUGGACGGGGAUGGGAAUGAACUUGAAAAUGGCCAAAAACACCAGCAAAGCCAACUGUGACAGCACCAACGGAAGCACCAAAAGUGAGUUUGACUGGCACCAGGACGCGCUGUCUAAGACCUUGCAGCAGACACUCUCGCCAAAGCCGAUGUCAAAACCCAAUCUCUUCAGCUCCGUCCACCUAUACAGGCAAACAACCAAACCCUGCGCCUCGGUGUUCACCGGAGCCAGCCGAUUUCGCUGUAAGGAUUGUAGUGCAGCUUAUGACACUAUUGUGGAGCUGACGGUCCACAUGAAUAAGAGUGGACACUACCAGGACAACAACCACAGUAAAGAGAGUAAUUCCUCUGCCUCAUCUUCUAAAUCUAGGAAACGAAAUUUGCAUGAUUUGGAAGGGAAGGAGGAUGCGCAAAAGGUUUUGAAGUGCAUGUUCUGUGGCCACUCUUUUGACUCACUGCAGGAUUUGAGCGUCCAUAUGAUUAAGACUAAGCAUUACCAAAAAGUGCCUUUAAAAGAGCCAAUCCCAGUACUCACACCCAAAUUGUUGCCACCAGCAAAGAAACGAGCCUUUGAGACAACAAGACCUUGUUCCCCCGAUUCUACGACUGGUUUAUCUGGCUACACCGAGGCACAGCGAGCUGCCGCCAUUUCAAAUGCUAACAAUAACCGCUAUGGCUAUCAAAACGGAGCGAGUUACACUUGGCAGUUUGAGACGUGCAAGUCUCAGAUUCUUAAAUGCAUGGAGUGUGGAAGCUCUCAUGACACCCUUCAGCAACUCACCACACAUAUGAUGGUUACUGGACACUUCAUCAAAGUUACAAACACAGCCUCUAAAAAGGGUAAACAGUUAGCGCUCGACCCCCUGGCCAUAGAGAAGAUCCAGGGUUUAGCUGAGCCUGCUGUCAGUGACAAUGAGGGAGAAAAGGGGACUCCAAAAACGGAUUCCCCUGGGAGGAGUGAGAGGGGGGGCCAGGGGGAGGGAACAUCAGAGAAAAUGGAAGAAACAGAAGCUAAAGACGACAAGCAAGAGAGUGAACCUCAAAAAGCAGACAAUGGGGCUUUUAAGUACCCUUAUCUCCGCGAGGAGGAUCUUGAACAGGACUCAAGUGGCGGAGGGGACAUUCUUAAAUCUUUAGCCAACACCGUGGCCUCUGCCAUCAAUAAAGCUCAAACAGGGACACCUAGCUGGAGUGCCUACCCGAGCAUUCACGCUGCCUAUCAGCUCUCUGGCAUCAUCAAAAGUGCCCCUCUCUCUGCAUCUCCCCCAACUCCACUAAAGCAGACAUUUAACCACAAACUGAGACCGAUUGCCCCAAAGGGGAACUUGUACCAUGGUGCUGUGGGAGUUGAUGCUCCCCAGGGACAGCAUCAAACUGUGGACAUCAAAAAAGAAAAGGUUGGCAUUAGCGAUGGUAAAGAAAGUCAGAAUAUUAAGUUUGAUCUGGCGGAGAACGAUGACAGCGAUUGUCAGGAUGAUUCUUCUUCCUCUUCAAAGCUUGACGCAGACUGUAUGAAUGAAGGGAGUGAAGUGAUCAAAGAGAAGUUGAGCCCAGAUUUCUCUGACAGAGGCAAGACACCAAGCCCCGCUGCCAGCAAUGGACGCAGCACUGCUUCAGAGCCUUUCAGUGACACCCCAGAUAUACCUGGUAUAAACCCUCUUAGUGCGCUGCAGUCAGUUCUGAACAAUCAUCUGGGCAAAGCAAAUAAGCCCAAUAACUCAAGAGUAGAUAAAAUAUCUUCUCACACCCAGUCCAUUUUUGCUGACAUUAAUCGUAGCGUUGAGAAACCAGCUUUGAUGCUUGGAAAUCCUACGAGAAAAAGGCCUGAUAACACAUUUCUCUUUGUUAAUGAUGACCAACCAAUAGACCUGACCAAAUCUAAACAGAGCAAGGCAAGUUCAGUGCUACUACAGCCGUCCACCCCGAUCCCACAGAAAUAUGCUUUGUCUGAUAUAGCUGACAUGGUCAAAGUUCUUCCAAAAGCCACAACGCCAAAACCCUCCAUGCCGUCAAGGAUCCCGACGAUGAAACUGGAAUCAGAUGUCCGGCGCUUUGAGGACAUGUCUGCGGAGGUGUACUCUGUCCACAAGCGUAAAGGCAGACAGUCCAACUGGAAUCCUCGCCAUCUUCUCAUCCUGCAAGCUCAGUUUGCCUCCAGCCUCUUCCAGACCUCUGAAGGGAAAUACCUGCUCUCAGACCUCGGCCCUCAGGAACGGAUGCACAUCUCCAAGUUCACCGGAUUGUCCAUGACCACCAUAAGCCAUUGGUUAGCAAAUGUAAAAUACCAACUGCGCAAAACCGGAGGGACCAAAUUUCUGAAGAACAUGGACACGGGCCACCCGGUCUUCUACUGCAAUGACUGUGCUUCCCAGUUUAGGUCACCGACAUCAUUCAUUUCCCAUUUGGAAUCCCAUCUUGGCUUCCAAAUCAAAGACAUGUGCAAAAUGCCAGUAGAGCACCAGACAAAGGUCGACGAGCCUGAACUGUCGAAGGUCCUCAGUGUGAGAGCCACGGAGGCUCUCAUCACAGAGGAGGACAUUGACUCAAAGUUCAAAUGUAAGCUCUGCUGUCGGACAUUUGCGAGUAAUCACGCGGUCAAACUCCAUUUGAGUAAAACUCACAGCAAAUCUCCCGACAACCAUUCACAAUAUGUGGAAAUGGACAAGGAGUAGUUUGUUUGUUUGUUUGUUUGUUUGUUUUUUUAAAUAUAUAUAUAUUAUUGUCACUUCUUUUUCCCUUUCUUCCUUUUUUUUAUUUUAAUACACGGGUCAGAUAUUUCAAUCAUUCUUCAAUUAGCAUUGUGUAGUGUGCAUCAUUAUUAAAACAUUUCAUUGCGUACAGCGACGACACACUGGUUAGAAAUUGUAUAAGGAAACACUAAGAGGUACUUUUGCACCCUGCUCAAAUGCAUCACCAGUAAUGAAAUGUAUUACUGCUUGAAGAAACUUAAUUGCUGAUGUUUGCAUGCAAUAGCCCCGGCUAUGACUACUAUUUAUUUGUAUGAUAUGUCAAGUUACAAUUGUAUUUCAAGAAGACAAAAUGAUGAACUAAUUGUACUUUACGACUUCUGUGAUACAGUACAUCUGCAGAAAUGUGCAGCUGUUAGAACCGGUACCCCCGACAACACAGUAACACACACACACACACACACACACACACACACACACGCAGACCUGUACAGUGUAUUGCUAUGUAAAGAUGUUUUUGUGUUGCAAUGAUAAAAGAGGGGAAAAAAAGCACUUUAAUAAAUGUUUAAUCACCAGUUUAGACUUGGAUUCUGUACAUGACUCAAAAAUAACAGGGCCGUUUGGAAACAAGGAUAUUUCACGUGUAAAUACAUUUUAGAAGAAAAAAAAAAAACAACAACAGUGCGUUUCAUGCAAAAGGAUAACAGCAAGACAGAUGAUACCUGUGAUACCUGCACCUUUUUUUACCUAUUCAAAUAAAGAGUUAACAUUUGAUAA